AUGAGAUUAACAUCAGAACUCAUUCAAUCCUCUCUUUCCUACCUCAAUCCGCUCAAAGAGCGUGAGCUUGACUUACGAGGACACAAAAUCCCAGCCAUAGAAAACCUUGGUGUAGCUGGUCCACAUGAUUGUAUUGACUUUACCGACAAUGAUAUCCAAAUGCUAGGAAAUUUCCCUCUUUCUCCUCGAUUACGAACAAUUCUCUUAGCACGGAAUCGUCUUUCAAGUAUUCAACCAAGUCUCGCAAAUUCAAUACCAAAUCUCACAACGCUUGUAUUGACAAGUAACAAUUUUUCUGAGCUGGCUGACCUGGAUGCGCUGGGAAAUUUUCGGUGCUUAACUCAUCUAGUAAUAAUGGAUAAUCCUGUCACGCGUAAAGAGAAUUAUCGUCUCUGGAUCAUAUGGAAGUGUCCAACUGUCCGCUUUUUCGAUUAUCAAAAAGUUAAGGAUAAGGAACGGAAAAAAGCUGGCGAGAUAUUUGGCACAGCUAAGAAUCCCACACCCCUGGCGUUAGAGAUCUCUGGAGCUAAAUCGAAGACAUUUGAUAUUUCUACAACGGCAAUUAAUGACUCUGCCAAAUCCAAUAACUAUCGAGUUAAGCUCACUGACAAGGAACGCAAGAAGGUCGAAGAGUUAAUUAGAAACGCUAAAAGUCUCCAAGAUAUUAUCCGACUAGAAAAAGAGCUAAAUGAAGGACGGAUUCCAGCCGCCGCUCUUACAAUAGACGAUCACAUGGAAGAAUGA